AUGACGAAUCGUCCAAGUGAUAAAACGGAUAAUGAACCAUUUUUCUAUGAAUUAAAUUCAUACGAUAUACAACGUAAACCACAAACGUUAGUGUAUGAUAACAGCAUUGUUCGAGUUCCAUUAGAUCCUGUGUUGAAAAGUUUACGUUGUCCUAUAUGUUUAGAUUUUUUAACGAAUACAAUGGCUACCAUUCAAUGUAUUCAUCGAUUUUGUAAUGAUUGUAUAUCAAGAUGGCUUCAGUCAGAUAAUAAACAAUGUCCAAGUUGUCGAAAACAGCUCAAAUCCAAACGAUAUUUGAGAGCUGAUCAUUUAACAGAUUCGAUUGUCGACAUGGUAAAAAAACAGCAAAUAAAAUUGAAAGAAUUAGAAAAUCAAUAUCAAAAUCAAAUGGAUAACAAUACUGGUAGUGAUGAAAACUAA